UGCCUACCCGACGAUACGGUCGCUCCGGGUUAGGUCGCGGUGAACCAUCCCCCUUUUUUCGCUGCAAACCAAUACGGGAUAUCGUCUCGACGCGGGAAUAUCGUCUUCCAUCCUGCGCCCUCCGGGCGCUCGUGGCGCGCACACCCCUUCCGGGCUCGCGAGAGGUCUUUGUCAGGGGAAAGAAGUUGGCCCGGUGCCCCGUGCCAGGACGUAUCGUGGGAGCACGUGCAUCCGUGCGAGAGGUAGCCGAAGAGCGCGCUCGAGGGGCUCGCGCGCACCUCUUCACUCCCUUCUUGGAAACUCGCGCUGCCGACAAGUAACAGAGUCACGUGUGGACACAGUGAGAGCUUGCGGCUUUGAGAGUGAAGGACGACGGUCGCAGGAGAUGCUCUCGCGGCAGGCGACGGAGCCGCAUGGCUCCAGCUCUCGCCAAUCAAGAUACUGCGGCUUUGAAGACGUCAUCGGGUCGUUGUGAGCCAAGGGUUGGUGGUCGUGAAUUAACGGGCACGACUGGUAUACGGCGGUCUUUAUGCCGGCAACCACUGCCGGUCAACAGGAAGUGACGAGAGGCGCAACCGGAACUUAGGGAUUCUCCGUUACCUCCGUUACCUCCGUUGAGAAAUAGACAGGGUCGAAACACAGCCGUCAAGAUGUUGCGCAACAACAUGAUAACGUCCUUUGUGAAGAAGAUGGUAACAACGCAGCCGGAAGCCGGUGCUUCAGGGUCGGUUACGCCAGAGGAAAGCGGGAAGACUCUGAGCAAGUUCUGGCAGCUGGGAAACAUUAUAGCGACGGGGAACGUAACGAAGACGACCAAGGUCACCCCGGCGGAGGAUACUCAACCCAAGGAGGAGUCCUCCGCAAUUGAAACCCUGAAAUCAAAGUCGGAAGGCAAGACAAGCAGCGGGGACGACUGUAGAGUAUGCCGAAAAUCCUUCGCUCCCGAGGAGGUCUCGCGAACUUGUUGCGAGUGUCAACACAAGGUCUGCGAGGACUGCGCCUCGUAUUCAACGACAACGAAUUCCGACGACCCGUCUUCCUGGCGAUGUAGCGUCUGCCGUCGAAAGAUCGCCUCGAGGGACCAGCCCAUCGUGACACAAGAGUCCACGGAUUCGUUGCUGGACGUGCCGAUCUUGGAAGCUCUCCAGAGGAGGCACAGCGACGCCCGGCUCGGUCCCACCGGAAGUCAAAUCGGCGCGCUCGGAAGCGGACUGGCGCCGCCGCGAAGCCCGGAAAUCCGCAGGCACUCUGACGUUUCGCCGGCCAGUCUCAAGGAGCUCGAGAAGUUUCGAAAGGUUGCAGGGGAGCGCCGCGAGGAGCUCAGGUGGGAACGCGACCUGGACCGGAAGAGCAAGUCGAGGGGCGGCUCGCCCGAUCGUCAUCAGUCCGACAGAGGCAGAGCGACCAGCCCUCAAAGGAUGGUCAUGCCGUCUCAGACGGGUGCGAUCGAGCAGGAUGGCGGCGACCUGGACGACGAGGAGGAACGUCGGCGUCGCGCUCGUCGCGGUGGCGGAACGAUUCGCCGUAAAUCCCAUGUGACCAGGCAAAGAUCUUACGACGAUGAAAUAAAAACCGCAGCCGCGAUGACCGGCGGCGGCGUGCAGCCCGCGCACUCCGACACCGGCCUAGGUCUUCCGGUUCAACUGCCGAGACGAGCUUCAGCUUACGACGUAUACGCCACGCCCGGGAGCAGCGGCCUCAACGCGAUGGCUAUCGCCGCCGCCCAGCAAAGAGCAUCGAUCUCGGCGCAAGGCGGCCGAGAGCCUGAGGACCGACAUCAAGGGCGCAGGCCUUCCUUCCGCGCGGUGAAGCCCUACGAGGUCGCGGCGGACGAGGAGAAAAUGAUUAAGCUGGACUCGUCAUCCGCACCCGUAGUGCCACCAGCUGUGGCCCAACCCCUGGUACCUGAUGAGGAGAGGCGCACUCGACGAAGAGGCUCCCAAUUACCAGAUAUAAACGCGAUAAGGGCGUUGACAUCAGCACCAGGAGCGGCAAAAGGCGCUCCACCGACGGUAGUUAGCAGGGUGGCGGCUGAGGAACGCGAAUUACCUAGGCAGGGCAGUCUGGUCGAUGGCGAGGGUAUCAAGAUCGUCAUUCAUGACGUUGACAGUGAUGUUGCUCCUCGGGUGAAUGCAAAGAGAAGAGUGAAACUGAGAAGGGAUCCAGUCAUGGACAAAGGGCACAGAACGCGCGGAUUCGGCAUGAGAGUAGUUGGUGGUAAGACAGGAUCGGAUGGACGCACCUUCGCGUGUAUCGUUUGGACCGUGCCAGGCGGCCCUGCUGAGAAAGCCGGCUUGCAGCAAGGCGACAAGGUGUUGGAGUGGUCCGGUGUGUCUCUGAUCGAUCGGAGCUUCGAGGAGGUGCAGCAGAUAAUCGAGCGGACCGACGACGUGGCCGAAUUGGUGGUGGAGCACGCAACCGAUAUCACCGGGGAUCUGCUGGAUGAUCCGCAGUCCGGGAAAACACCGACGAGUUUGGGCCUGCUGAUGGAAACCGAAACGGACAAAGCGCCCUCGUCGCCGACGCGCAGGAAACUGCCAAAGACGCCGGAACAAAUAGCGAAGGAGAGACAGGUGACCGGUCGCAUACAGAUCCAGGUCUCGUACGAGGCGGAACGCAAAGAAUUGGUCGUCUCAGUUUUUAUGGGCGACGACCUGUGCGCCCGAGAAGACAUGGAUGGAUUCGGCCCCUUGCCGGAGGCUUUCGCCAAGCUCGUUCUUGUUCCACCGUGCGGCGACGCAACUCCACUGAGGACCAUGGUGGCCGAGCCGACUCAGAAACCUAUCUGGAACGCCACAUUGUUCUUCGCUGGAGUUGCCGGCGAAAGUCUGAUGGAACGUGCGAUCGAGGUAACUCUCUGGGAUUACUGUCCCGAUGGCGAUAAUGUGUUCCUCGGUGAAUGCAACGUCAAUGUCCAGCGAGCGCUCGAAAAUGACAGAGCUGUCUGGUAUCGACUGGAGGAUCCGCGCGGACUUCGAACGGGCAAAUCGCCGUACUGUUCACCGCGUGGCUCGCUGUCGAUGGACGUCGCGCAGAGAUUGUUGAGGAAGGAGUUGCGCGAUCGUAGCUACAGCGACGACACUCAAAGCGACAGUGGCAGCCCAGAAUUUGGCUUUCUACAUCCGGACCACGCCUGGCACGCCAACUCCAGACGUGGUUCCAGUCAGUCCGAGCAACUCGAGGUCGAGCCCUACGAGCUCAACCGGGAUUACAGCAGAUCCCUGCCGGGUAGCCGCAGGAGCAGCUUCCAAAGUCAGGGCGGCACUGAUAGCAAACGUGGAAGUAUGGGUGAAGUCGAUAUGCCUGCCGUAGUGUAUUACAAUCGCGAUCGACGACGGAGCUCGUUCACCAGACCUAUGAGGGAUCCGGAGGAGAUCCUGGAAGGUCUGCGAUCCCUUAAAGCGGUCAAGGGCGAGCUCAGCAGAACCAUGAGCCUUACUAGCGACAAGAGACGCGGCAGCCGGCGGGGUGAGCGCAAAGACAGCGUCAUGGAGAUUCCAGAGAGAUUUUACGAUAGAAACAGCGAGUCAGACGAGGACGAAAAAUGGAGUCAGCCGGCGGGAAAUGAAAAUGGCGUCGACAUAAAACUGGGUUGCGGACAGGUACCGCCUAAAGGAUACAAAAUGAUCAGUGGUGCGCAAAAUGGCGAAGUGAAACUAGGCUUCUUUCUCUGCAAAGGGACUCUCGAGGUCGAGGUUAUCUGCGCCAGAGGCAUUUGUCCCAGGGAAAAGGAGGAGCCAGACACCUACGUAAAGACGUAUUUGCGUGACGGAGAAAGGUGGCUGCAGAAGCGCAAGACACGCGUGAUACGACACUCGAAGAGCCCGCAGUAUCGCCAGACCCUCAAGUACGGCAGCUGCGACGCGCUAGGCAGAGACCUUCUGGUGAUGCUGUGGGAGAAGAAGCAAGGCUUCGAAAGCAAUCAGGGAUUGGGUGGUGCCGAAGUAAACCUCGACCUUCUGCCACUGACGCAAAUGACCAUCGACUGGUAUCCGCUCUUCCCGAUCCACACCCUCGGCACGCAGAACGCGGACUCGCCAUGAUGGUUAAGGGAAAAGUGGGCCCUGGAGGCCGGCGAGCUCGACCUCAGACUGAGCCUUUUGCUCAAAGACGAGGACGAGCCCGUCGUCAAGAUCAUCUCUUGAUGGAAAUAGUGACUGAUCACAUGCUAGCUCGCCGAUACGAUCUCGAUCUCCUCGAGGCAUCGGCGUUUCUUUUUAUUAUCGCAAGUCCAUGAAUGAUGCGACGAAACGCGCGUUGUUCCAGAAGGCGGGCGAAGCUUGCGUGUUGUCGAUCUUUCCGUAUUUUCGCGGCUUUUCAAUCGUCAAAUCUUGUUUUCACGAUUGCGCGUAAGUUUAUUUGCGUAGGAAAGUUUUAUUCCAUUCGGUCGAUCGAUAGAAAUUGUGCUAUGCACGUUGGUUGAAUUACGUUAGUUGUAUUUUUCAUUUCUCCGUUCAACGUUUGUUAACGUUUUGUCAACGUUUGCGCGAAAACAAAUGGUAGCGGCAAAUGUAUGUCUAGAAUUACCUAAUAUCAGAGAGAGAGAAAAAGAAAGAGAGAGAACUGACAUAUAUUUUAAAAUAUAAAUAUUGGAAGGAUGUUGUGAGAGAGAGAAGUAGUGAAAGCAAUCAAUAACACGAAAAGAUCGACAAUGCGCACAGCGCUGAGUGGAAAUCGCUAAUCACGUAAUAGCGUGUAACCGAAAGACAAUCAACUUCAGAUGGUUUUAUCAUACAGUUCAAGAAGACAAUCAAUUUUGAGAUUCGUAAAGAGGACGUGAAAAAGAAACACAUUCGUUCAACUCGCACUUAUGGAACGACGUCACUGUCGCCGCGUUUCGUCUCGGUAAGAGAGUGCAAAGGAAUGCGCAUAUAUAGCUUUCCAAAGAACCGAGUUCCUUCGAUUAGCGCCUUUUGAGAUCCGCGAGUGUCUCGUGGAUGAUUCGCGGUGAUUUUAGCGAUAAAGGUGUACCUGCGCAAGCAUGUCAAGCGACAAGCAACCAAGUACAAUAUAAAGAGAACGAGGAGGGAAUGUGAAGAAACGUAGAAAGCGAGGGAGAGAUUAUUUUUCGGAGGUUAACUACGGAAAUGGUGACAGCCAUGUAUCUUGAUAAUAUGUAUCCUGACGAGAUGACGAGGGUCCAUUUUUCCCGAAACAAGGAUAAUAUCGACGAGAACGACUGCGCCGAAGCGAAACUCGAUCGACAUCUUCCGCUCGCAGCGGUCUCAUCUGGUUGAUCCAGUCAGUGAUUCGAUCGAAUUUCGUACGCGCUGAUUCAAUCAAUACUGGAGGAUCAACAAUGCCUGUUAGAUCCUUUCCACGUCGAUGAGACACGUCCGAGAUUCGUGUUUCCUGUUUCUAUUUAAUGUAGACACGCGAUGUGGAGUGCGGAAUAAAAAUUUACAUUUUGUUCCGUCUGAACGCCAUUAGCAUAUACUUGUAUAUAAUUCUAGGUUGUAUAUCAGAUCAAAAUUUCCAUUGAAUUUUAAUUCAAUUUUCGAAUUGGGUCAAAUCUUAUUCUCUUAAAUUUUAAAGCAGGAAACUUAGUUUUCCUGCAAUUCUGGUUAUUUUGUCGAUUACUCGCAGAAACGCGACGCUUUGAAUUUACGGUAAAUUAGUUAAGUAUAUGAAUCAAUAUUUUUAAAAAUACUAUAUCUACAUUCUAGUUUUCUGCAAAUCGUGAGCCGUAUCGCAAAAUAAUUGCAAUAUAAACUGUGAAUUUUAUCUUUCAACUGUGAAGAUACAAUAGGGGAAGUAUUUUCAGAAUUUGUUAGACACAAAGAGUAGACACAAAGCUCGCGUUCCAGAAGAGCGAUAGCGGGAAGAUAGGAAACACUGGAAUCGCACGGAGUGCCUCGAUCGAUGUUAAUUGCUUUAACUAUAUAACGGUAGACAAUCGUUCCGAGGCUCGCUGGCCGAGCCAAAGACAAACAGAGCAAUUUAGCGAGGUGGUGGCGAGACGAGCGGACAAGACGAGGGUGUAACUUCGCAGCCAAUUUGAAUAAUAAUCAACCAACCAACCAACCAAAAACUCGGUGUUUUAGAAGUCGCACAAUUUUUGUAGCUCGUAGACUGAUAGCGGGACUGACAGGCGGAUUCCUUCGACGUUUCUCAGAUCUAAUAUCGACGUCCCGUUUCCGCGCGGCAUCCCGAGGAUCACGAUGGCCUCGCGAGGCGAUUCGAUUCAAUUCGCGAGCGCGAUUCAAUCGGCCACGUAAUGCGAAAUGUUACGCGCGAAAUCUCAGCUUCGAGCUUAAUCAACGACCUUGCGGUAUGGCACACGGUGAUCCUCAGGACGCGUUAUUGUGAAUGUUUAAAUCCCACAAUGUCCCGCGGCAUUGGCUAGGAAUUGUCCAAGAUUAAUUGCGCUUACCCCGCCCGAGUAAUUAGCGAUAGGUGAUAAACGUGAUAAUACCGUACAGAGUUAAUUAAUGGCACCUCCACGAUGAUCCAUAAAUUAUAUCUAACGAGAUUGAAGUUUACGGAUUUAUUAUUGUAAUCAAGUAUGGUGUGUGUGCGCGCGCGCGCGCGCGCACGGACGGAGAAAUGCAGCGAGAUGUCUUAAGAGUUAAGUGAUGUGUUGUGUGCGUGUAUAGCGGUAACCUCUUACGGCGUCGAGAUCGACCCGGGACGUAUGUACAUGCACAUCUAUGUAUAUAUAUAUGUUAUCGUUUAAAUACGUGUAUAACAAUACGGUAUAUAUAGCGUAUCUACGUAUCACAAUACGUAUGUGGAUACGCACUCGUAUCCCAUGUAUUGUUCUAUGUAUUGUUAUGAUCUGUGCAGAAAAGGGAAAUUGUAUAACGAAGGAUAAUCAAAAUGUGUACAUGUGUUUAAACGAUACGAUGAAGAUAAUACAGUAUCACUGUCCCAUAUCAUUAAACUCAAUGUUAAACGACGUAGAUGUUUAAGGGAUGUCAACGAAAGUGCAAUCGAACAUUUAUUUUCGCAAGUCGACGUCGAAACGAAAUUCUCAACGACGACAUAUACGUGUUGCAAUUCUCACUUACGAUUGUAUUAUUAAUCAUUAUUUUCGUCGCGUAUGUUCUCACUGAUUGUGCUCUCCUUUUGUAAACGUCGAGCCAGUGAAACAUCGAAAGGUUCUGGCAAAAACUUUCGUUCACACGAGGCCCGAUUAAUUAGAACGUCUUGCGACUAGGAUUCCUUUGUGAUCUCUGAAAACGAAAGACUUGUUCUCAUUGCAAACGAAAAGAUGUGCGAAGCGGAAUCGCGAGCGCUCGAGCACACGAAGAAAGUAACUUUUUAACUUAAAAAAACACAGAGCGUGGGAGCAUAUCGGCCCGAGGAGACACUUGACUAUGGUUGUGCUGUUCACACACUUCUUGUCGAUAUAAUCGUUUCAUAUCGGUCUCUCGCCUCGAACGCCAAAUGACGUGUCUCACCGCGAGAGUCAUAACGAGACGGUUGUGCCUUUGCGAGGGCUAAGUCAGAAACGUAUCGCGAAAAACGAUCGUGUUCCCACGAAGGAAAGUCUAUGAUCGGCCUAGAAAUAUAUCCGAACGUCACGAAUACCGAACAGACGGGAAUUCGAUUUUUGCCGCGUUACCCACGAAAUAUACGUAUACGUCAUCGCACGACUAUAAACUUUUAUAAUGUAUAGUACUUUCAGUUGUAAAUUCGUAAUUCUAGAACCGUAAACACACCAAAAAGUUACGUAAAACCUGAACAUGAAUAAAUCUUACCUAGCGCAUUUUCACUUGUUCCUAAUUUCCGUAAGAAUAAUCAAAAUUCAAAGCUUUUUUUUUUAAUUGAUGUAGGAAGCAUUGAAGAGUAUGAAGACUAUUAGAACCGGCUUUUCAAUGAUAGUUUAAACUUAGAUUUCAACUUAAACUCUGUUUAAACAAAACAAACGUAUUGUUAGAAUAGAAUUUAACUUGAAUCCAAGUUUAAAUUGCUAUUGAAAAACCGGCCCUCAGUGUUUUCGCGAUUCAAUGUAAUUAAAAAAAGUUGUAAUGAAAAUAUAAAAUAUUUGCUUUUGAAAACGAUUACGUUUGAGAGAUCGGUCUGGGCAAAUUUUAUCCAUGUUUAGAAUUCUAGGAUUAAUGGUACUUUACAUAUGGGGCCGUUAAUACCUUAGGUAAACUGUUAAGUUAAUGAAAAAUGUGACUACUUUCAAACUCAUUAAUUUUUUCCAUACGCAGCAAGUUACGUUUGAAGUGCAGAAGCAAAGAGAAAUAAUUUCGGAGUAAUCUUAACAAACUACGUAACCAGAAAGUACAAACGCGGACAAAUAUCGAGUAAAAGAGAUAUUCGUGGCAAGGGUAAAAGAGAAUUGGCGAAAUUUUCGGCAAGAGAGAGAGAAAGAGCAAAAGUGAGAAAAAGAUCAAAUUAAUUUUCGAGCGGAUGCAGCAUCCGUCGCGGAUCUUUGUCGAAAGUUUCCUCAUACGAAGAUUAUCGCAUGGACAAUCCUCUCGUACGAAUGCAAUUAUCUACUACUUUAAAACGGAAGACUUCUCCUUCGUAAGUAGCUGAGCGCGUUCUAGGCACGUUUUCUACUAGCCUUCAAAGUGACCUAAUACUACCGUUACUGCUACUACUAUUACUACUACGAUUGCUACUUAACAUUAUCGAUACUAUCGUUAUUACUAUUAUCACUCUCCAACGCUGCUUAUUCUCUCUUCUUCUUCUGACUAAAUACGCACUUGCAAGAUCAAGGAAGACGAGACUCUACAUUUUAUAGCGACACUAGUUCCAACUCAUUAACGUCAACGACGACCGCAACGGUCAACUUAGGGAUAACGCUUUGCUCCCUGAAUUAUCGUUUUCCGGACAAUCGAGUCCGAAUCAAAUCAAUAUCAAAUCAGAUCUAGCGUCUCUUCUACGUUUAAGUGUGUCGUAAAGUACACGAAAUUAAUGCAAUAAAAGUUCCCAAAAAGUAUAAAAAAAUAAAACUUUUAUAUUCUACAUAUAUAUUACACGUUAUAUAUAUUAUUAUAACUGAUCGAUCGUGAAAAACAAUACUUCCAGAGCGACUUCAAGAAUGCUCGAAUGCAAACAAAUAAUUUUUCUCUCAGGAUAAGAUGAAUAUAUCAGCGCAUCUGGUUAGAAAUCUAAAUGCCAAAUUUACUGCUAAUCUAAAGAAAUUCGGUAUCCCAAAUGAAAUCGCUAAUUAGAGAGCAAAGGGUUAAACUGCUCUUUAUACGCUCUAUGCUUCACACUUUUUGCGCGUUUUCUGAAAGUCUUCUAAUAGCCGACGAGGAGCUCGAGCUUACCUUACAAUGAAAUCUAGACACGCUAGAGAGAAACUUCGACUUUUUCUACAAGACAGAACGCUAGUAUCUUGAAACUAGAGUGUGACUCGAGUCUGCCUCACUACUUUAACUUCUACGUCUACUCAUGUACGACGAACAUGUAUACGCACAUCCACACAUACGCACACACACGCAUGCACACAUUCACACGUGAACUUAUUACAUCAUACGUUAUGUAUCAACCUUGACAAUCGAGAACUAAUUCAAACUUACGCUACGAAUCUCUAGACGAUAAAUAUAUCGUACUUACUACAAUUCGUGCCACACGGGCCGUGUGUAAAAUAUUUCUAGAGACGAGCACACGCGUCAGCGAACUCUAUUGCAUAACUGUACAUUCGAUAUGUAUUAUAUAUUGUCACGAUUGAUCAGUCUCGCGGGGGCAAAAACGUUUCUAGAGUAACUAACUCGGGGAGAGAGAAAUAGAUUAGAAGCAAAAGUGAUUGUCUGACUAUCGAAAUGAGAAUAUUUAGCGCGACUGGUCGCCUCAUCGAGAACGCCGUUAAUUAAGCGUUAUAAAAGCAACGGCCUCUUCCCGUACAUAUCUAUGUUGUACUCGUUCUAACAUGUAAUUGUAAGUGUCAGGGACAAUCUCACGGGAAUUGUGCGUGUGUUCAUGUGAAUCAGCGCGCCACUUUUCCGGCCUGCGUGAAAGCAGGAAAGCGGGCUCGCGUCUCGGCGAUGCGAAUCGAUUUCGCGUCCGUUCGGCAAUUUAUCUCAGCGAUUCAGUAUCGUAUGGUUGAUACUAAAAAUAGUGGAACAAAUCGAGAAAGAGAGAGGGAGAGAGAGAGGAACAAUUUAAACGGACGUAAAAUCGAGUCACGUCGUCGCGCUCUGCCACGUAAUAAAAACGGAAACGUCGCGCGAGGAAAAGGAAGAAGACGGCCACUUUGCCGACCGCAGCCCUUUCCCUUUCGCUCACUACUCACGAUCGCGAUCGUGAAUAUUAUAAUUUCCAUCCCCGAUCGGCCUAAAAUCACGUUCGAACGUAUCGUGAGGGGGCCGGACAGGCCCGAGGGGCCCGUCCACCCGCACACGAAUGCUUGAUUCUCGUAGAUACGCGAUUAACCGUUACAUGCGUGAACGUCUAAAUACUAAUCGUUGAAACUGAGAAUUUGUAAAGCGUGUAAUUAAAGGAAAACGAAUGCGGGGGCGGUUUCGAGAGGUGAGUGGAAAGGCGAAAAGCGGAAACCGAGACGGACGUACGUGAGAGAUCUUAAAAAGACGAGUUACAAUAAUCAUUCGGGACCCAAAAACGAUUUCGCCCACGGAACACCAUUAGGGAUCGGUAGUUAGAUGUGUUUAGCGUUAGUCAUCCUGUUGAAAUUAUUAAUUGUCGGAGCCGACUGAAGCGAUCCUCAGAUCGCACGGCAUGUCCUCUUUACGAUUAGAAGCAGGUAUACCUACUUUUCUCAAUUAAUCUAUUUCCCACGUUCUACGCGGCACUGUCGUUUCUGCCUCGACAUGACUCAAGAUUCCACGUACCGAAGCGAUCGGGCUGUCCUUUCUGACAUUCUCCGGAUUUCGUCUUUCUCAUGUGUCACUGUCGCUAGUGACUACGUAGAUACGUAGGACUUGGCGCGAUAGACGCGCUAAGAAAUUCUGCCAUUUUCUCAACAGCCAUAGGGAUGGCAGUUUCGAAGAGAAAAAGAGUCUCGUGAAUGUACAGUACCGCUGAUACCUCUCUCGAUCGUGACACGUUGCAAGCUUGUGGAUUUAUAUUUGCAGAAUGGAAUAGCGCUUACGAGAAUCGUGAUAUUCGCUCAUUUCAAAGUGAAAGUUAUUCACCUCAGUGAUCUUCUUUCAAAUAUCGUGAUUGUUGAUAAUAUCAAAUAUACAUUCGCAUCUUUUUGCGCACGUGAGGAAUUUUUAUAUUUUUAAGCGUUUGUUCUUAGCCACGAAGGAGAUUCGCGAUUAUACGCGACUGGUAAUUUUGAUUUGAUCUUAAUUUGUCACAUCUCAAUGUGGAAAAUCCACAUUCGUGGAGAGUAACACGCAAACGACUGACAACGUGUCAGCGAGAGAGAUAUCGAAGAGAGUAUCAGCGCAAGAAGAAACAUACUAUGGCCUUGUAAAGUCUUGUAUAAAAAAAAAGAGGGCAAGCGUUUCGGCGAUUCUUCUCGCUUCAUCAUUAGAACUAUUAGAGACUUUAGGAUUCUUACGAUUUGCGAACGAUCAUCGCGCACGUGCGCGUUUUCACGAAGAAAGCGAUUCGCGGGGAAAAGAAAGAGAGAAGGGAAAAAAUGUCGUGACAUAAUGGAAGGGACACCCUUAACGUAGUUAAAAAGACGUAGAUACGAUUACGUGUCGUCAUAUAACGAAUUCAAUGUGAUGUUCCCUGCAUGUUGAGUGUUGAUCGUCGCGCAUGUGGAUUAGAAUCACAGCGUGUGGUAGAAAUUUACGGGUUAAUCGAGUACGGAUAAUUAGCGGUUAAGUGAGCUGCGAUCUACUUUCUAUUGGUUCUGCGGCGUUAGCGUAGUGUUCUUGAUUGGCGUAUUAAAUGAUUGAGCAUCGACUCGUCGACAAUGCGAGGAAGUUAUCAGGUCAUACAGCGUAUAUACUUCGAGAUGCCCCGCGAUUUAAAAGUGAGAUUUCAGAGCUUGUGACUUGCAACAGUAAAAACGGAAGCGAUUGAUCGGAUUUCUUUACUACUGAGAGUUCUCUCGUGUUUGUAAAAAGAAGAGAAAAGAAAGGAAAAAAACUUGCUCGAGUGAACCACGCAACCUGAUCAUUUAAUGGAUAAUCUUUUGAAACUUUUAUUUGCUGAGAAAAGCUUUCAAUGGUAAAAAAACAGCCGAGGGCAAUUUUCGACAAUGAAGCUCUCGGCUCUCGCACUUAGCGCGAAACAAGAAAACAAAUGUAAAAAUUGCCUCGAAAGUUCCUCGCGAUCGAUGAAUCGAAGUUUCACCUACUAAUUGGUUAACCGAUUUAAGCUUUAAUUAAUUAUCGCCGACAGAUGCGAACGGGGACGAGCGAGUUCAUGAGCACCUCGCUUUUUGUUUCCCUCUUCCUCAUUCGCGUCGUCGAAGAGAAAGAGCUAUGUAGGUAUCUUAUAUAACUUCUAUGAUAUUUUCUACGAGGAAGAAUCGUCAAAAAGAUUUCUAUUCUAAAGAUUAAAAUUAACAAAUGACCAAGCACUAGACGCGGUCGCUGUUGAAGAAGACUUUGAAAUUUAUGUCCAUUUUACGAUAGUGUCCACUGUCUUGCGAUCUUUAUAUUGUCACGCGUACUUAAACGUUUGAUUUCGUUCUAAACACGUGUACAAUGCAUAACGAUGGAGCAUACUGGAUUGUUGCUACGUACAUUCGGUUGCACCGUUAAUGGUUUUCGAUCGAUGGCGAAUCGAUGAGCGACAAAAAAAGAAGCGUAAGGGUUGUGAUUAAGUAAUGACGUAGCGAUUAGACUAGACACUUUGAUUCAUUUUCCUCCCGUGGAAAGUCAUAUUUUUCUACGCAUCAGAAGUUCUAUCAUAACGAGCAAUUUAGGCAUGUAUAUGUAUAACUAUCAAGAGAGUAACGGGAGCAAGUCUCACUAUCUGUGAAACUUGCGAAAACGCUGUCGUGAGCAUCUUCGAUUGGCCAACGAUUAAAAAAUCGUUAAUAAAUACAUUAUAUCGUAGCAUAUGCUUCGUAUUUCCGGAUUAAUUUGCGAAAGAUCGAAAUCACGACAGUGAUGAGUUCGAUCGUGUUAAAGAACGAUUACGCAGAAAAAGACGAUACAGAAGAUAUAAGAACGAGGAGUGCCAGAAUAAUAAAACGUGCAGCUCGCUUUGUGGAAAAAAAACACUUGUAACAUAAACGAAUAAAAAGAAGAAAGAGAAGCCGAAUAGUCGACUUCUAUUUGCCUUUCGUUCAACUUUUAGUGCCAGUCCGUAUGCAACGCGAAUAUUCGUCGAAUAUAUUAUAUAUAUUAUUUAAAACACUAUUGUAUCAAAAAUAGUUCCGCUCAAAUUCUUAUCAAAUCUUUCAGUCACAUUACCAUUCGUGAAAUUUCUCACAAAUUUCAAUACCAAAGGGAAUCGUCUAAAUUCCAAUUUGCCCAAAAAUUUUAUGUCAGAAUUCAACAAGUUACUUGUCGUUUUUCUCUUUAUAUGUCGGACGUCACGUAUAUUCGUAUAUCGAGUGGUACUAACAUAACAGCGUAUAGGACUGAAAAAUGAGGAGUGUAUUCGAUUUCCUCGGAGACGAGGAAAUCGAAUACUUUUUUGUUGAAAAAAGUUUAAAGUUGGUAGAACAAGCCUCCUUCGCGAACGAGAGUCCUCGGGUCUAUUCGUUCUAGUUGCAAUCUCUCCGCUUUUAUUCCCUUUUCCUUUUUUCCAUUCUACGCCCGAUUUCCACGUCAACUAAUUUAUUUUGAAUAUGAGAUGCAAGUAUGAGUGCAAAUGGAACGAGUGGACCUUCUAACAGCGACGAUGAACUUGAAAGGUGACCGAAUUUUUGUAAUGCACACAAUGUUUUUGCGCUUACGCAUGUAUCUGUGCGUGCCUAUAUGUAUGAUGAAAAGUCACAUUGCGAGUCUUCUCGAUUUCUUCGUUAUUCAGCCUUUUUCGAGGAAAUUUGUGAAUUUGUGUAAAUCCUCCUCACUUCAUUAAUUUUGUCUCCGUCAUACAUACUUGUACACGCAGAUAUACACGAUAAACACAAAAACAAGAAAACGAUGUAUAAAAUGAACGUUAGGUAAAUAUAAACGUGACAAAAAUUGAGACGAAUUGCUGCUCAUUCCUGUAAUUAUCAGCGAUUUGUUCGGUUUUCAUGUAAAGCAUCAAAAUAAUAAAUGGUAUUUUUUGUCGACGUA